AUGAACUUGCUCCAAAGUAAGAGCAAUCAGUAUUUACGCGAGGCAAUUCUUGAAGGAAAUAUGGAGAAAACAAGGCGUUACUUAACACUUAAGAUUGGAAAACCAGAUGUGGCAGCGACUACUGAAAGUGGUGGGUUUUCCAUGCUCCACUGUGCCUGUCUCGUGGGUAAUACACAAAUUACAAUGAUGCUACUGCAAUCCGGGGCUGACGUGCUUGCUCUUACUGAUGAUGGCUAUACGGCGCUAGAUCUAGCGAUCUGGAGAGGUCAUUUACAGAUUAUUGAACUGAUGCGGUCUCAAGGCUGCGUGGCACCCAUGAAAGAACCUGAGAGUCUGAAUGGCAAAGUCAUUUUACACUUAGGCCGCAAAGCCACUGUGGUCUUUUUUGAGCCAUCUACAAGCAUCCGUACAAGCAGUUUACGUGGAAUUUAUUAUGAAGAUAAAGAAGAAGCCAAGCUUGUGAACCUUUGGGCAGGUACAGACUACAAGAUUAUCGGUUCGAACCCGAAAUACGAGGAGCUGCGUAAACUUGAUUACCAAUAUGCAGAAAUACCCGUGCCAAUGCCCGAGGUCUAUGAUGCCAUGCUACAGGGUGCACUCCAAGGAGCAGCUUUUUUUUGA